UGACUCUUCCUGUCGCUAUUACAGGCCAUGGACGCAAUCCUUCAAAAUUAUUAUUUUUGAUAUAAGUAGAUCACGGAUUGGAAACUGGUGUGACAGUUAAUAAGGGACUGGAACUGGAUCUGUUGCCAAAUCUGGUUGAGGCUUGUUGGCCGGUUAAUGCAUAGAGUAAAGAAGGUCAAACUUGAAGACGAAACCGAAGGUAGUUGGAAAAGUUUUGCAGCUGUCAGGAUGACUGCCGUGGACGAGCUCUCGGACAGCACAGAGGUAGUGGAGAUGGAGGAUGUCCCCUCCCAGUUCUUUGUGGAGAAACACUCUUGGGACGGCUUACGUGACAUCAUCCACAGCAGCCGCAAGUACUCUGGGAUGAUUGUCAACAAGGCGCCCCAUGACUUCCAGUUUGUGCAGAAACAGGAUGAGUCAGGUCCCCACUCCCACCGACUCUACUACCUCGGAAUGCCCUAUGGAAGCAGGGAAAACUCACUACUUUACUCUGAAAUUCCCAAGAAGAUCCGAAAAGAGGCCCUUUUGGUGCUAUCCUGGAAACAGAUGCUGGAUCACUUUCAGGCCACGCCCCAUCAUGGAGUCUACUCCAGGGAGGAGGAGCUCCUGCGAGAGAGGAAGCGGCUGGGGGUCUUUGGCAUCACGUCGUAUGACUACCACGCCCAGAGUGGCCUUUUUCUUUUCCAGGCCAGCAACAGCCUGUUCUGCUGUCGUGAUGGGGGCCACAAUGGCUUCAUUCAGACCUCCCCCAUGAAGCCAGUGGAAAUCAAGACGCAGUGCUCAGGGACUCGUAUGGACCCCAAGAUAUGCCCAGGGGAUGCCAGCUUCAUCGCCUUCAUCAACAAUAAUGACCUUUGGGUGGCCAGCAUUGAGUCGGGGGAGGAGCGGAGACUGACCUUCUGUCACAAAGGGUUAAAUAAUGUAAAGGAGGAUCCCAAAUCUGCAGGCGUAGCCACGUUUGUGAUCCAGGAGGAGUUUGAUCGGUUCACAGGGUACUGGUGGUCUCCGGCUGCACCAGAAGACUCAGAUGGAGGGAAAACUCUACAGUUGCUAUAUGAGGAGGUGGAUGAGUCUGAGGUGGAGAUUAUUCACGUCCCCUCUCCAGCUUUGGAGGAGCGGAAGGCUGAUGCAUACAGAUACCCCCGCACAGGCAGUAAAAACCCCCAAAUCACUCUCAAACUGGCAGAGAUCAAGACUGACCACCUGGGCAGGAUUGUGAGUACACAGGACAAAGAGCUGGUUUUGCCGUUCACAACACUGUUUCCUGGGGUGGAGUACAUUGCCCGGGCAGGCUGGACCAAAGAUGGCAAAUUUGCCUGGGCAGUGCUGCUGGACCGUAGUCAACAGAGGCUGCAGCUGGUCCUGCUGCCCCCGGCUCUCUUCAUCCCCGUGUGUGAAGACCCGGCCCAGCGGCAGGAGAGUGUGGAGGCCGUGCCGGAGAGCGUCCAUCCUUUUGUCAUCUACGAGGAAGUUACUGACAUCUGGAUUAAUGUUCAUGACAUCUUCUACCCAUUCAUCCAAACAAAGGAUGAGGAGAUCUCCUUUCUCUGGGUGAAUGAGUCAAAAACAGGCUUCUGCCAUCUGUACAAAAUCACGUCUCUGUUACAACCAGGCUGCUACCAGUGGUCCAGGGACUACAGCUACACUGAGGGUGAUUUCAAAUGCCAGAUAAAGGAUGAGGUGACCUUAACCAGUGGGGAGUGGGAGGUGCUGGCUAGGCAUGGCUCCAAGAUUUGGGUGAAUGAAGCCACAAAGCUGGUGUACUUCCAGGGCACGAGAGACACCCCUCUGGAACACCACCUCUAUGUGGUCAGUUACGAUUCCCCAGGGGACAUUGUGAGGCUGACUAAGCCAGGCUUCUCCCAUAGCUGCUCCAUAAGCCAGAACUUUGACAUGUUUGUCAGCCACUAUAGCAACGUGAGCACGCCGCCAUGUGUCCACGUCUACAAACUGCAGGGUUCUGACAGUGACCCACUACAUAAGGAGCCCGAGUUCUGGGCUAGCAUGAUGGAGGCCACAGGUUGUCCUUCAGACUACAUCCCACCUGAGAUUUUUGAUUUCCCAGGAAGGUCAGGGUUCCAACUAUAUGGAAUGGUGUACAAGCCACACAACUUGAUACCUGGAAGGAAGCAUCCCACAAUCCUCUUCGUGUAUGGAGGGCCUCAGGUCCAGUUAGUGAACAACUCUUUUAAAGGAGUGAAGUAUCUGCGCCUGAAUACCCUUGCAUCUUUAGGCUAUGCGGUGGUGGUCAUUGAUGGGAGGGGAUCCUGUCAGAGGGGCCUGAAGUUUGAAGGGGCUCUAAAAAACAAGAUGGGCCAGGUGGAGAUUGAGGACCAGGUCGAGGGUCUCCAGUUUGUGGCAGACAAGUACAACUUUGUUGACCUCAGUCGAGUGGCCAUCCAUGGCUGGUCUUACGGCGGCUUCCUGUCCCUCAUGGGCCUCAUUCACAGGCCCAAUGUCUUCAAGGUUGCCAUUGCGGGUGCUCCAGUGACGGUGUGGAUGGCAUAUGACACAGGUUACACCGAGCGCUACAUGGAUGUUCCUGAGAACAACCAGCAGGGUUACGAGGCAGGAUCAGUGGCACUGCAUGUGGACAAACUGCCCAAUGAGCCCAACCGUUUACUCAUUUUACAUGGAUUUCUUGAUGAGAAUGUGCACUUUUUCCACACCAAUUUCCUGGUGUCGCAACUAAUCCGUGCUGGGAAGCCAUAUCAGCUACAGAUAUAUCCUAACGAGCGACACAGCAUCCGCUGCCCAGAGUCAGGAGAGCACUACGAGAUCAUGCUGCUGCACUUUCUACAGCAAUACCUCUGAUAUGGUCAGCUCCACCCAGGACAGCGCCUCCUCCUGCC